GCACUGCAGUAGUUUCCAAGUUUAAGCUCUCUCUCUCUCUAAGCUUUCAUCCACUGAAGAAAAAAAGAUUGAAUCUUGGGAUCCAGAACCGAAACCCGAACCCGGUUAUGGCUUCGUUCGACGCUUUCAGCAUCGACGGCGACGAUCUCAACGCCGCAUCCAGCCGUCCAUUUGACCAGGACGAGGUCGUCGUUGAGAGCUACGACUACGGCUCGUACUCGGACUUCUCCGGCGGGCUUCCCACCGAAGGAGUGUCGACGGAUCAGGCGGCGGCCUCGCCGUUCGGAUUCGAAGAUCCGAGCCCGAACUACUCUGGCUCGUCGCCGUUCGGGGCUGCUCCGGCUGAGAACGGUAAUGGAUAUGGAAUCGGCGAGAAUGGAAUCGACGAUGGAGUUUUUGCUUCCGACGGUCCUGUGCUGCCGGAGCCGAGCGAGAUGCAGGAGGAAGGGUUUGCUCUUCGUGAGUGGAGGAGUCAAAAUGCCAUUCUGCUUGAGGGGAAGGAAAAGAGAGAGAAAGAACUGAGGAUCCAGAUUAUUGAAGAAGCUGAGGAGUUCAAACGCGCAUUCUAUGAGAAAAGGAAGCUUAAUGUUGAGACUAACAAGGUUCAGAACAGGGAAAAGGAGAAGUUGUUCUUGGCUGAUCAAGAGAACUUCCACAAGAAUGCAGACAAGCAAAGUUGGAAGGCAAUAGCUGAGCUCAUUCCUCACGAGAUUCCCAACAUUGAGAAAAAGAGAGGCAAGAAGGAUCAGGACAAGAAACCAUCAAUCACGGUCAUUCAGGGUCCAAAGCCUGGAAAACCCACUGAUCUUUCAAGGAUGCGACAAAUACUUUUGAAGCUGAAGCAUACAACUCCACCUCACAUGAUUCCUAAACCACCUGCUCCUGCUAAAGAUGCAAAAGAUGGAAAGGAUGCAAAAGAUGCCAAGAAUGUAAAGGAUGCAAAAGAUGCCAAGAAUGUAAAGGAUGCAAAAGAUGUGAAGACUGCAGCAUCUAAAACUAAUGGGUCUGCAGAAGCUGCGGUGCCUGCUGCUUCAGAAGCCAAAGAUGCCACCUCUAAUGGCACUUCAGAUGCACCGGAACAAUCAGUUCCUGUUUCUACUGAGGAACAGUCUGCUUAAGUCGAUAAUAUGUUCCACCUCUCUCCAUAUUUGUUAUUAUUUUGAGAUCUCUAAUUUGAUUAUCGGCUGUCAUCUUCAUGUUUCAUUCGCUACUAAUUAUCAGAACAUUGUAAUAUUUGGCCUCCAUUGGUCUUAGCUUUAUUGUGGAGGCCUUUAUAUACAUUGGUUUUGGACCUGUUGUGUUUGGGAUUUGAUUGUCAUCGUUUUACAGUCA